AUGCCCAUCGCAGUCUCGCCAACGUUGCCCAAGAAUGGCCUCACCAAAUUUACCAACUGUCGAUUGCUGAAAGGCAACGAUCUUGUCUGGGAUGACCUUUGGGUCAGCUCUGUCAAUGGCAAGAUCGUCGACAGCCAGGCCUCCUUCUACGGUGGCCGUAAUAUGCCUGAUAACACCAUCGACCUUGGCGGACGUAUUAUUGCUCCAGGCUUCAUCGAGUGCCAGCUCAACGGCGCCUUUGGGUUCAACUUCUCAACCCUACUCGAUAACAUGGCCGAAUACGGCAAAAACAUCCAAAAGGUCAAUCGUCUACUGGUCAGGACAGGGGUCACCUCAUACAUACCAACCAUCACAAGUCAGCGGCCGGAACUAUACCAAAAGACGCUUCCAUACCUUGGCCCGUCUGGGGAACUGCGGAUCCCCGGUCACGGAGCCGAGUCUCUCGGAGCUCAUUGUGAAGGUCCUUUCUUGAGCCCUACCAAAAACGGAGUCCACAAUGUCGAUGUCCUUACCGAAGCUCACUCUAUCGAGGACAUUGAACGAUGCUAUGGUCGAGAGAACAUGGUUCCUCGCCCUGAUGGUUCUCCAAUCCCCAUCAAGAUGAUUACAGCAGCACCAGAACGCGGGCAGAUGAUGAACCUGAUCCCGGAGAUCACAUCAAGAGACAUCAUCUACUCUGUCGGCCACACCGAAGCAACAUACGAAGAGACAUCUCAGGCCGUUGGUAAGGGUGCUACAAUGAUUACGCACCUCUUCAAUGCCAUGCGUCCCCUUCACCAUAGAAACCCAGGAGUUUUUGGAGUCCUGGGUAAGGCUGAGAGCUUGCCGCGACCGUACUUCGGCAUCAUCUCUGAUGGAAUUCACCUACACCCCACAACCAUCAAAAUCGCCUACAGUGCUCAUCCAGAUGGCUUCAUUCUGGUCACAGAUGCGAUGCAUCUUGUAGGUCUUCCUGAUGGGGCUUAUCCUUGGACGAAUGGGGAGAACACAUCCAAUAUCGUCAAACGUGGUUCCAAGCUUCUCCUUGAGAAUUCCGACACCAUUGCCGGAAGCUCGAUUACCCUGCUUGAGUGCGUCAACAAUUUCAUGAAAUGGACUGGAGCUAGCAUCCCCCAGGCUCUUGGGGCGGUGACAUCAACACCUGCAGCUAUGCUUGGCUUACAGGGGGUCAAAGACGGGUAUGGAGGUCAGGACGAGGUUGGAGGAUCAAGCGAAGUUCUUGUAUUGGACGAAGUGUGGAAGUUUGGUGAGAGUGUGUUUGCCUCUGCCACGGAAACAUUGGUCAAAGGCAUUGCAUCAAUAGACAUGGUUCAUUCCGCCUGGUAUACAAUAUCUUAUUGA